UGCCAGUACUUGGGCUGUGAGACUUCCCCAAGUACACCACUGGCACGUCCACGGCUGUGCAUUUCCUAAUACUUCGCGGUCGCAGGGUGAGAUAUAGCGGCCUGCAUUUCCGACGUCUCUGUCUUCCGUCUUCACAAACCCCGCGUAUCCUUCGGCUCACUCAGGCCCACACAUUGGGAUGAGAAUUCCCCGUUCCUUCCGGGACAGAACUCUCUUGGAGGAUGAACCAUUUGCGUCACUUUUCCUAGUUCGAUCGACCGCGGAAGCUAGCCGCUCGCGCAGUGGUAGUAAGUUCAACGGAGGCCACUGGACCGAAAGUAUCAUCGAUGCCUUGAAGCAAGACGGGCUUCCCGCAGUCCAAGCAUGGCUCCGCUUGGCGUUCUUCGCCUGUUCCCUUGAGGACACUGCCAUCCAGGACCGAGCAAAACAUGUUGCUCCGAACGGCGACAAUAUCCAGACAUUCAUACGCUUCUACUGGAUUCUUUUCGAAAGCUCAUCCUUGCCUGACAAUGGAUCAGCUGCCGUGAUUUACUUGGAAGCCGAACGCGUGGCGCGAGGCUAUUACUAUGCACUGGGUCAACGUACCGAAGAACAAAUUCCCCAUGCGCAGAGAGUCCCGCAUUCGCCACGCGUGCCAUCCGAGACGCGACAUAAUCGAAAUAGACGAACAUUCAAGCGUCUGCGUAAGUCAUACGGCGAAGAUGCUUAUGACGCAGAAGCCAGCGAAGGCGAAGAUGACCGUACGCUGGCGUCGCAAGACGACGCCACAGAUGCUCUGGAGCCGUCGCGGCAGGAUAUAUGCAUCGCAUCCCCGCCACAAACCGUUGGACUCUCCGAAGUCAUGCAGCAUGUCGAAUCCGACAGCCUUGACCUGCAAGGGGAUCGUCGUGAAGAAGAACAUAGUGUUGUUCUAGGCGACAAGAGGAAGGCGGGCAGCGACUGUGCAUCUAGUGCAGCGCAGACUUCUCCGUCCGAGGGAGAGGGUCUUGCUGUGGCGCCGCCGCAUGCGCAGGACAAUAUGAUGGACAUAGACCAUGAUGCCCUGUCGUCCCUCUCUGACCUUACGCACUCUGAGACUGAGAUGCAGGUUCAUAUCGACGCCACAAUACCCGCUGACGUCGCCAACAUUGCGCAUACUUCAGGCCGUCGACCUCGCAGAGCAGCAUCAAACGUUGAGCGCCUCUCCUAUCUAGCGAAGGACAUCAACAAAUAUGAAGGCCAGCGCAGCCGUGGUUUCUUCAACAACAAUUGGGCAGAAGACACCUCCGAUGACGAUACAGGGCACCCUCGUCCGCAGGUCGCCAAGCGGACAGCUCCUCCGCGUCCCCAGCUGGCUAAACGGUCUACGCCACUUCCAAAGCAGCCCAAACGCCGCAAGCACAAGUCGGAAGCCAAAUCGCCUGGGACGUCAUUCGAGAAGACCUCUACGCAAGUGGCAACCAGCGCUGACUCUCCGAAUAGAGAAAGUGUCGACGGUGUCUCCCCACCGACUACUGCUCCCGUUCCUAUCCCGUCGACAUCAGCUGCGAAGACCAAACGUACAGUCGCUAAGAAGCCGAAGAAGUACGCGAAGAAGGGCCGUCGUGGGCGUACCGGUGACGAUCUACCUAGCCGUCCAGAGAAGAGGCCUCGAGACGAAGAGGCCGCAGUCACGGGGACGUAGAAGGCAGUCUGAUACUAGAUGGGUGUGCACCGGAACCAUCAGAUCGUGUGGCAGGUACUGCUGACGCAUCGAUCGGGGACCCUCUGCAUGAGAACUCGAUACGGAUGGGGAUCGAUAUUGUAGGAGGAAUCUCAGCCACACCCUCGAGACCGUCUUCGCACCCUCCCCCAAUCGCGCCCUCAUACUUGGUCCAGUCAGCGGAGCCGAAGUUAUCCAAGCGCAGCAGGAGUGUCUUCGAGGGUUCAAGCAAGACCGCAAACGACAAGAGGCUCAUGCUGAAUCUAGUCGCCAGCGGGCACCUCUUCCAAAGCGACGCAAGGAGCGGAGAGCCGUCACAGAGCCUGCCAAAUCAUC